AUGACUCUCCCCCAGUCUUCCUGGAACAACCCCAGGGUGUCUAUGUCAUCAAGAACAAACCCGCCUCCAUCACGUGCCGCGCUGCCCACGCCCUCAAAGAGAAUCAUGUCGGACAAUAUCCUUGUGGCUGUCCGUGUAAGGCCACUGAUCACACGGGAGGAGGCAGAGUCCGCCACUCUUCAUUGGAAAAUUGGUCAUGAACACACCAUUACACAAGUUGAUGGAUCUAACAAACCUGUGUGUGCUCCAUACCAGUUUGACAAAGUGUUGGGGAUAGAUUAUGAUAAUGAGGGCGUGUACACUGAAGUGGCAGAACCCAUUGUUGAAGCUGCUCUUGAUGGUUUCAAUGGAACUAUUUUUGCUUAUGGUCAGACAUCAUCUGGCAAGACAUUCACCAUGAUGGGUGACAAAAAUUUCCCUGGAAUCAUUCCCGCCAUUCAAAACAUAUUCCGUGGUAUUGAGAACACACCAGAUCGUGAAUAUCUUAUAAGAGCAUCCUACAUGGAAAUCUAUAAUGAAAGUAUAACUGAUUUACUUGUUGGUCGUGAGUCACGAAAAUUGCUGCACAUAAGAGAGGAUCAGUCAGGAAAUGUUUAUGCUGCUGAUUUGAAGGAGGAGUGUGUUAAUUGUGAAAAGAAUUUACUGGAAUUAAUGAGAAGAGGAGACAAGAAUCGUCACAUAGGAACAACAAACAUGAAUGAACGUAGUUCUAGAUCUCACACAAUUUUUCGAUUGAUCUUGGAAUCCCGUGAAAGAAGUGAAGGAGAUGGUAGUGAAGGGCCAAUUUCAAAAUAAAGAUACCUAACUGUU